UACAUAUUCACUGUAAGAUCCAUACCAGAAAAGACAAAAUGGAGAGUUUGCUGCGACAGCUGACGCACGGUAAUGCCAUGUUCCUCAUCAUUAUAUUGGGAUUCGGUGGAACCUUUCAUAAUGGCUACCACAAUACUGGACUGAGUUCUCCCUCACCGUACAUACAGAGCUUCAUCAACAACAGUUGGUAUGACAGAUAUAAAGAGCCUCCGCCUCCGCAGACGAUCACCAUGAUCUGGUCCCUUAUUGUUUCCCUGUAUGCUGUCGGGGGACUCUUUGGUGCCACCACUGUUAAAUUUGUCUCAGGCAGGCUGGGAAGAAAAAAGGCAAUGAUCGCAAACAGCUUUGUUGCCAUCAUGGCAGCAGCGAUCAUGCUGAUGAGUAAAAGUGCCAAAUCAUAUGAGAUGAUUAUUGUGGCGAGGAUCCUGCAUGGCUACACGGCGGGUUUGGGAUGGAGCACUCAUAUGAUGUACCUGGUAGAGAUUUCACCCAGGAAGCUAAGAGGCGUAGUGAGUCUGACCGCAGUGACCUUUGCGUCACUUGGCAAGCUGUCUGGACGUUUAUUUGGACUAAGUGAGAUCCUCGGUCGUGAGGAGCAAUGGAACAUCGUCCUCUGCGUUCCUGCAUGUUUCUCUGUGCUUCAGGUUAUAGUGUUGCCUUUUCUUCCUGAGGCUCCCAGAUACUUAUUCAUAGAGAAAGGGGAUGAUAAGGCUUGCAAAAAAGCUCUCCAGAGUCUGUGGGGCAAAGGCGACUACAAAGAGGAGAUGGACGAGAUGUUGGCUGAGCAGGUGGCCAUUGAGAGCGCCCCACCAAAAAGCCCUCUGGAGCUCCUGAGGGACCGGACUGUCCGAUGGCAACUCAUGACCAUGUCCUUCAUCCAAUGCUGCAACCAGCUGUCGGGCAUAACUAUGCUCAGUACCUUCUCUUUUGACAUCUUCCUGGAGGCAGGUAUACCGAGAGACCAGAUCCGCUACGUCACUCUUGGUCUUGGAGUAUCUGAAAUAAUCAUAACCAUUUUCUGUGGACUGCUGAUUGAGCACACUGGCAGGAGGCCUUUGUUCUGGGGAGGUUAUGGAUUCAUGUCUGCUACCUGGGUGUGUGUCACUGUCGCACUCAGCCUGAAGGAUUCCAGCCAAUGGGCUCCAUACGUUGCUGCUGCUUUGAUCAUCGUCUUCAUCCUCUUCUUCUGCGGAGGACCAAGCGGAGCUGGAGCGACCCUCAACAGUGAGCUCUUCAUCCAGUCUGAUCGAAUGGCAGCAUUCGUCAUCGUUGGAAUCCAGCGCUGGUUGUGUUUUGCUGUGUUGGGCCUUGUCUUUCCAUUCCUCAUUAAUGCCCUGAACUCGUACUGCUUCUUGCUGUUCGCCUUCGUCUGCCUGCUGGGUUGUCUUUAUACCUUCUUCAUCCUGCCUGAGACUAAAGGGAAGAGCCUGCUGGAGAUCUGUGAGGAGUUUAAAGCCAUCACUGUCUGUGGGCAGUCCUUCUUAGAGGAGAAGAGAGAAGAGACCAAGUUAUAAGGCAAUCCAGAUACAAUUGUUACAAACUGAUGUUUUUUUUUUGUGUGUGUGAACACAAAGUAUAUUUCUAAGCUACUGCAAAAGCAUCAGUUUACAAUCACUGUACCAUAAACUGUGCAAUAGAAGAACUAGAGACAGACAUGAACUGUUGUUGUCAUGUUAUUCUGUCAUUUCUGUAAUUCUCAGUUCAGCCUUGCUCCUCAGCAGAGUUUUGUUUUUCAUCAGGGAGAUAUUUUUCAGGAGAUUUUCACAACAUCCCACGACAGCAAACACCAAUUUCAACACCUCGAUCAACAAAUAACUAGUAAAAGGAAAAAAACAGCCACACUUUUAGAACCAUGAAACAAAUGUCUAAAAGAUUAAGUAUAAAAUAUUGUAUGAAAAAUGACUUUAAGUGUAUUUAACCACAGUAUAGUCCAGAUUUAAAUGGGAUGACAACAGAGGACUGAGAUUUUAUUUUAUUGGGAUGCCAGACUUCACACUAUUGACUACAUGUAAGCAUAGCAAAAUUCAUGUUUUACAUAUAUUUAUACACUAACACAGAAUUUAGGAUUUAGUGUUCAAUAUGACAGGCAAUGCUCGAGUUUUCAACGCCGUAUCGACAACAUGGAGUAACAGGAAGUUAGGUUUACUUUUCCAAACCACAUUUGAAUAAAAAUGUCAAUGUCUUAUUUCACUUGUGUGGUUAAUAUAUUGACUUGUGUCCCAAAUGUGACUGAAUCAGGUUUUAAAUCAUGAUGGAAUGGAUGCCAGCUGUCAAAGAUUAUUGAAACAAGCCUUCAUUCCCUUAACAUGUUGUACCGCUUCAAACAAUCUAAUUCAUAGAAAGAACAGAGGUCAGCAAGCUCGUAAUACAAUUUCAAAGAUCAGGUAAAAAAAGAGUCAUGACAUAGUGAUGGAAUUGUUUUGAUUAUUUCUACUUUUCUGUACAACUCAAGCUGAGUUGAGUUCUAAUUUUACUCAGUACUACUACAUCUCUGUAAUUCCUUUUUAAACGUGCAUAAAGUGAGCAACCACCACUGUACUGUUGUGAAGGCAGCCCAUAGCUCUACCAGACAAAACUGCACCCGCAGCUGCAACAUGUUUUGUCACAAGAGGUCAGUAGUUUCCUUCCCUCAGCCCUCCAGCAAUAAAUCAACCUCUGCUCCCGUCAGUACCCACGGGCCCUGCUGUCUGUUCUUUGACCUCCACAGGGAA